CUGCCUCCCGAGUGCUGGGAUUAAAGGCAUGUGCCACCACUUUUAAAAUUUUAACGUGGGCUUUGGAGUUUGAACUCGGGUCAUUAUUCUUGCACGGUAAGCACUUUACAGACAGCAUUAUGCUGUGUAGGCCACACAUUGUAGUCCUCAUAAUCUCCAUUUUCUUGCCUCAGCCCUCCCUUCCAGCAUCCCAAGGUCUGAAACUGCAGGCACAGGCCACACAGGCCUCUUAACUUUUAAAUAGCUGUCUAUUGCAAAGAGCAAUUGGUCACCCUGUUUGCCAACACACGGUCUGAGUCAGGAAUUAAACUGGGCCAUACUAGGCGUGGAUAGAUGGCUAGUCAUGGGGGACUCAUUACAGAAUGCAUUCUUCCAUGAGGUGCUUUCUUCCUGCAGCUCAGGACCCUAAAUUCUAAGAUCACCUCAACUGAAGAGCGAUUUCACUUAAGCCCACGGCCAGCUGUCCACUCUGUCCACACAUAAUCUUGUAAAUUCUUUGGGAAAAUCGGGUGUGAGGACUCUGCCCUCGUACAACCUACUGAGGCCCUCGGUCCCUUUACUUUUGUAAAAAGCAAGGAGGCUCUGCAUUUGCAGUUCCAUUUCACAGAUGAGGAAACGGAGGCUCAAGGAGGCUCUGACAGACGGCGGGAAGCAGGAUAAACUCUUGAGGAACUCACCCAUAGGUCGGCAUAGACACAUCCGUGGGUCGGGUUGUCAGGGUGGCGGGGGAAAGCGGCGGGUAAAUAUUUGGGACGGUAACCCGGGCUCUGGCGACACAAGUCGUCACUGCGGUUCUAGGCCGGCGGGCGCGUGGCGAGGGCGGUGCCGGAGUAGGGGAUGGGGGGGGGGGGGGCCAGGGACGUCCCCUAGGUCGUCUGGGACAGACUCGGCGGCCCCGCCUCGCCCCGCCCCCGCCCGUGGCUAUAAGACGGUGUAGCCGGCGGGUGGCGGCGCAAGCGAGGAGCGAGCGCUCGGCCGGGCCACCCGAGCGGACUGCAGUGCAAGGCGGCCGCCACCAGGGCCAGCACCUCGUAGCAUCUCUGCCACGCGUGUAGGCGAACGACCUCUCCAUGAAGCCGCCCUCGAUUCAGGGCAGCCCUGCGGCGGCUUCGGCAGCAGCCCCGGCAAUGGACUCAGCGGCCGCUGCAGACCUGACGGACGUGCUGUGCGAGUUCGACGCUGUGCUGGCGGACUUCGCAUCGCCCUUCCAUGCCCGCCACUUCCACUAUGAGGAGCACCUGGAGCGCAUGAAGAGGCGCAGCAGCGCCAGCGUCAGUGACAGCAGCGGCUUCAGCGACUCGGAGAGUGCAGACUCGCUGUACAGGGACAGCUUCAGCUUCAGCGAUGAGAAACUGAAUUCUCCCACGGACUCCACUCCAGCUCGGCUGACUUCCACCGUAGCUCCUCGGAAAGCCAAAUUAGGUGACACGAAAGAGCUCGAAGACUUCAUCGCUGAUCUUGACAGGACAUUAGCAAGUAUGUGAAGCAAGGAGUCCAGGGUCCUGAGGCCACAAGAGUGAGACUCCUGAAGGCUCCAAGCACCCGGCAAAAUCAGCUACUAGAGUCGGCUGCAGGAAGGGACGGAGCUGAGGCUCACACGCCAUCAGACCGUUCUUGGCUCACCCUAACAUUUGCCGUCCAGCCCAUCUCUGGGCAACUCAGACAGUGAAACUGACUUUGUUUACUUGCCUGUGGCAUGUUUCAGCAGAUGAUCUGUCUAAUGUGUUUUUACUCCUUAAACAUAACUCUUCUAUAAUUUAAAAUGCGUUUAUGGAAAUAUUUGUAAUUACUUAUGUAUAGUUGGAGACAAUAAUAAGCUUUUCCCAUUAUAAUAUAUUUUUGUAUACAAAUAAAGUUUAAGCUGGAUUCUGUA